GCUGUUUUUGUGUGUGGUGUGAGUUAAGCGCGUAGUUAGCACACAGAACAGUCAGUCGCCCCAAACGGCAAACAGCAAACGGACAAACAACCGUGUGCAUAAGACAAAAUAAAUCGCAAAAUGAAUGCUAGCCAAGUGUUGUUACGCCUAUGCAUCUGGCUGGGCCUGGGACUGCUGAUGGGCUGCACUGGCUUUGGCCAGUUCCAUAUGAAGCGCUAUCAGCUGCAGCGUGGCUACAAUAAUCCGGAUGAUUCCAGCGAGAACGACAAUAGCGUGUUGCGCUCAUAUCGUCGCUGCAUGUGGGAGCAGUCAAAGUUUCUGCCACGCCGCUUGGUACUGCUGAGCCUCUGCUCGAAUUUGUUCUGCGAGAAUAAUCAGAUCAUGCCGCGCUCCAGGUCUAUUUUCGUAGUGGAAAAAAUAUCUAGACCGAAUGACUGCCUGGACAUACUGCCCGAACAAUGCGAGCAGGGCGAUGAGGAGGAUCUGAUGUAUAAACCGUACCCGGACUGCUGUCCCGUUUAUUGCAACUUGAAGCGACGCAUGCAACGCCUGCGGACGAUGCACUUUCGCCAUCGCAUGUUGCGCAACAUGCAGGAUGCUGCCACCGGCACUGGCAACACGCUGCUCAGCGAAAUUGGCUACAACAACUACUAGUGGCAUGGCGGCCCAAAAGGAUUGUUAACUUUGUUACUCAUGCAGAGCGCGCACCCAACACACGUUCGAUGCUUGUCGUCUAGACACAAAAAAUUCACUUUACAAAUACUACUCGUAUAAAUAAAUUAUAUAACAAAAACGAAAAAACCAAAUAUGCCAAAAGCAACAAAGUAUGCACUAGUUGGUUUGAUUUAAGGACAUUCCAAAGUUGUGCACGUUCGAAAGUUAAAGAGCCAAAAGAAAUGCUUUUAAUUUAAUACAUGAAGCGAACAUUUCUAUAGAGACUUAAGUCUGUAAACUUGCAAGCCA